CACGGCCCGGCUGCCGUCUCUGAAGGGGCGCAGCAGAGUCGGGCAGCGGGGCGCCGAGCGCGCGACGCCCGUGCCGUCCCCGGGUACCGACCCCACAGAGCACCCCCAGCCUGGAUCCGGGGACGGACCCCACAGAAGACUCUCAGACCGGAUCCGGGGACUGACCGAACCCACAGAGGACCAGUCCCCGACCUCCUGGAUGAAGAGCUCCCUGCUGUGGAGAUGGAUAACUGCAUAGCGGGGUGAUCCCUAGCCUUCAAAGUAGCACAAGGUCCGUCUGUGUACAGUAGUACGGGAGACAGAGUGUGCCCCUUGGGACGAUACGCCGAGCGUAAGGGUUACAGAAUAAAUGCCAUAUGAAACACAGUUCCAUCUGUCAUGGAAAAACGUGAGACAUUUGUACAAGCAGUGUCUAAGGAGCUGAUUGGAGAAUUUUUGCAAUUUGUUCAACUUGAUGAAGAUGCUUCUGACCCUUUCAACCUAAAUGAACUACUAGAUGAAUUAUCAAGGAAACAGAAGGAAGAGCUAUGGCGAAGGCUCAGGAGUUUACUGACAGACGUGUUGUUAGAAAGCCCGGUGGAUGGGUGGCAGACAGAGGAAGACCUGGGUGAAGACGACAUGGAAACAGACCAUGAUUCAAAAACGAAAAAAAGCAUAGAAAUAAUCCGUGCAAUUACAUCCGUGAUUCUUGCUUCUGUAUCUGUAAUAAAUGAGAGUGAGAAUUAUGAGGCCUUACUGGAAUGUGCUGUAAUAUUAAAUGGUGUCCUGUACGCGCUCCCCGCAUCUGAACGGAAGCUGCAGGGCUCCAUUCAGGACUUGUGUGUCACGUGGUGGGAAAGAGGCCUGCCUGCCAAAGAGGACAUGGGCAAGACUGCUUUCGUCAUGCUGCUGAGGAGGAGUCUCGAGACGAAAACAGGUGCAGACAUAUGUCGACUUUGGCGUAUUCAUCAGGCUUUAUAUUGCUUUGAUUAUGAUUUGGAGGAAAGUAGAGAAAUUAAAAAUAUGCUACUUGAGUGCUUCAUCAAUGUUAAUUACAUCAAGAAGGAAGAGGGAAGAAGAUUUCUUAGUUCUCUAUUCAAUUGGAAUAUAAAUUUUAUUAAAAUGAUCCACGGGACCAUUAAAAACCAGUUACAGGGAUUACCAAAGUGUUUGAUGGUCCACAUUGCAGAGAUUUAUUUCAGAGCUUGGAAAAAGGCUUCAGGGAAAAUUUUGGAGACCAUAGAGCAUGGCUGCAUCCAGGACUUCAUGUACCACGGCAUCCACCUUCAGCGGAGGUCACCGGUGCACCCCAGAGUGCGUGAGGUGCUAACUUAUUUUCACCAUCAAAAGAGAGUUCGGCAGGGAGUGGAAGAGAUGCUUUACAGACUGUAUAAGCCCAUCCUUUGGAGAGGGUUGAAGGCCAGAAACUCUGAAGUCCGGUCAAAUGCUGCACUGUUGUUCGUUGAAGCAUUUCCUGUUAGGGAUCCAAACUUCAAUGCCAUUGAAAUGGAUAGUGAAAUUCAGAAACAAUUUGAAGAACUCUAUAGCCUUUUGGAAGAUCCUUAUCCGAUGGUCCGUUCUACAGGGAUACUCGGUGUUUGUAAAAUAACUUCCAAAUACUGGGAGAUGAUGCCUCCCACCAUUCUCAUUGAUCUCCUCAAGAAGGUAACUGGGGAACUGGCAUUUGAUACAAGCUCGGCCGAUGUGCGCUGUUCUGUCUUUAAGUGUCUGCCGAUACUUUUGGAUAACAAAUUAAGCCACCCGUUACUAGAACAGCUUUUGCCAGCAGUAAAAUACAGUCUCCAUGACAAUUCAGAGAAAGUGAGAGUGGCUUUUGUUGAUAUGCUGCUGAAAGUUAAAGCCGUGAGGGCUGCUAAGUUUUGGAAAAUAUGUCCCAUGGAGCACAUUCUGGCCCGUCUGGCAUCAGAUUCCCGGCCUGUGUCUCGACGCCUGGUGAGCCUCAUCUUUAACUCUUUCCUGCCCGUGAACCAGCCCGAGGAGGUGUGGUGUGAGCGCUGUGUCACACUGCUCCAGAUGAACCGCGCAGCCGCCAGGAAGUUCUACCAGUACGCCCACGAGCACACUGCCUGCACCAACAUAGCAAAGCUGAUUCAUGUGAUUCGCCAUUGUUUAAACGCCUGCAUCCGGAAGGCCAUCAGGGAGAGCCAGGAGGAUGGCGAGGAGCGGGAGAAGGAGGACGUGAGUGUUCUGGACAAAACCUUGUCAGUCCAUGAUGCCGCAUCCAUGGCGGGUUUACUGGAAGUCGUCGUGAUUCUCUGGAAGAGCAUUCACAGAAACAUGGAGAGCAAUAAGGAGGCCAGAGGCUACACUGUCGGCAAGUUCGCUUCUGUGCUCCCCGAGUACCUGAAAGUGUUCCAGGAUGACCACUGCAAGACGCCUUUGUUUAUGCUGAUGUCCUUCAUGCCGGCCUCCUCCGUGCCUGCAUUCAGCUGUGGUGUGAUUUCCACGUUAAGAAACCAAGAGGAAGGGGCAGCAGACAGGAGCUAUUGCACUUUGUUAGACUGUCUCUGUUCCUGGGGACACGUGGGGCACAUUCUGGAACUCGUCUGCGACUGGCUGCCGGAGGAGCAGCCGCAGAGAAAGAGUAACUCAGCGUCCAAGCGGAAGGUGCGGAUCCAUGAUACGCGCCCAGUGAAGCCGGAGUUGGCCUUGAUUUACAUGGAGUACUUGCUGACCCACCCGAAGAAUCGGGAGUGCCUGCUCUCUGCUCCCCACAAGAAACUGAACCAUCUUUUGAAAGCACUUGACACAUCAAAGGUAGACCUGGAAUCAAUUUUGCAGUCACCAGAUGGGAAACCUCAGAACUUCACUGAAGCGACUGCCUUGCGUGCCUUCAGCCUCCACUGUCGCCUGAGCAUUCACCUUCAGCACAAGUUCUGCUCAGAAGGAAAAGUGUACCUGUCCAUUUUGGAAGACACGGGGUUUUGGUUAGAAAGCAAAGUUUUGUCUUUUAUUCAAGAUCAAGAAGAAGAAUACCUGAAGCUUCGUAGGGUUAUUUACCAGGAAAUUAUCCAGACCUACCUCACUGUGUGCAAGGACGUCGUGAUGGUUGGCCUUGGCGAUUGUAGGUUUCAGAUACAGCUGUUACAGCGGAGUCUUGGAAUCACACACACAGUGAAAGGAUUCUUUUAUGUUUCAUUACUUCUUGGCAUUCUAAAAGAGGUAACCGGAAGCUCCUUAAAGCAGAAAACAGAUUCAGAUGGAGACGUUGCAGCGCUGUUUGAUAUGGUCCAGAAGGUCUUUCAGAAAAUGUUGGAAUGCAUGGCGUGGAACUUUAGGAAGCAACCGGAAGAAGGCCUGCGGCUCCUGUGUUCUGUUCAGACCCCUCUGCAUGAUUUUAUAACGACCGUUCAGUCGUGGCAUGAGGACACGCCCCUUCACCGAAGUGUGCUUUCCAUUCUGAUCGCUGCCUCUGUCGUCGAGAUAAGUCACCAACUACGAAAGGUUACGGAUGUAGAAGAGCUUACCCCCCCAGAGCGUCUUUCAGACCUUCCACCAUUUUCAAGGUGUUUAAUAGGAAUAAUAAUAAAAUCUCCGAAUGUGGUCAGGUCAUAUUUAGAUGAAUUAAAGGCAUCUGUUACUUCUGACGAUAUUGAAGGAAUUGUAUGUCUCACAGCCAUUAUGCAUAUUAUUUUGGUUAUUAAUAAAGGUAAACAUAAAAGUUCAAAAGUGAAGGAUGUUGCCGCCACUGUUCACAGAAAACUAAAGACAUUCAUGGAGAUCACUUUGGAAGAGGAUAGCAUGGAGAGAUUUCUCUACGAGUCAUCAUCAAGAACUUUGGGAGCUUUUCUGAAUUCAUAACCAAGCCAGAAUCUCUGGUCAUGUAAAAAUAGAGAAAAAGGACUUACGGAAAAUUAAAUGAAUGUGUAUUUUCCUAGUGUUAAUUUUAAUGUUAAUAACACAUAGUAGAGAAGGGGUGGGAUUUAUUGGAGAGAGGUAUGAGUAGGAAGCUUGCCUUGUGCCUGCAAAAUAAUAUAUUUAAUGAUAUCAGUGGUGCAGGAACCCACAGUGCAAAGAAAAAGCUUUCUAGCAAACCUGGUUGUUUUUAACAUGACUUUUAUCUAUAAUGCUGCCUGCAAACUGAGUAAUAAAGCAAUGGCAACAUCUGUUUGCACACUUCAUUUGAAAA